AGUGUUUGAAGAUUGAGAAUUUACAGAAAGAUGUCAGACCCAAUCAAGAAAAAGAGGAGACCUCCAAAAUACCUGGAGAAAAUGCUGUUAGUUAAUCACAAAGAAGAUCAACUGCUCCAGGAGAGAUUAGAUAAUAUCCACAUUCGGUCGCGCACGCGUGAAAUGCAGUUGGAGAAGGAACGUAUCAAAGUAAGGGAUGAGUGGAAGGAAAGCAGAAGACGGCAAAUUCCAGUUGAUUCUAUACCACCUCUUGUGUCUCCACAAAAUCCUCCAGCUUCACGCUUGCCUCAAAGGAAAAUAGGAACUGUGGAAAAACCGAAAUUUCAAAGAGGAACAUCAUUACCAGAAGGAAAAGAUUCAGACAAUGUGAAUUCCUACCUGUUAGGGGAAUACAGAAGAAUGUCGGAGGUCAUUCCGUCUAUACUUUUGGCUAUUUCAAAGAAGGACGAGAAAAAGGCUAAAAUACCAUCACUUUUUCCAUUACAACGAAUAGAGGAGAAUGAACACAGAAACGAGGAGCCGGAUCUUCAUAGGAUUACCAAGCUGGCACGUUCUGUGAAGAAAAUGAGGGAGAACAUGUCUUUUCAGAAGAAAAUUGACAUGAACAGACCAAGACUGUCUUUGUCAAAAAUGUUUAAAGAGAUGCACGAACGUCGUUAUGAAACUGAUCAGCACACCGAUGGGACCUGUGCUUUAUUAAAACGCAAACUCGAAAAGCGUCGAAGAGAGUCGAUGCCAGAACUGGAUAUGAACACUUUACCGAUGCGUCGAACUUCAGAUUCCAAAGAACCUUCUGCAUUCCACAAAUCACAAUCUGCUCCCUUGCUUAGUGUGACCAAUGAAUCAACCGAUCCCACUAUAUACGAAGAAGCGGAAAUAGAAGAUGUUUUCGAAACUGACUUUGAAGUAAAACUGCCCUCUAGAUCUGAAAGAUCUCAGAGUUUGCAGUUCAACCCAUCUCUUCAAAGACAUCAUACGAGUUUAGAAAAAAGAGAAUCUGUGAGUUCAAAACCUCGAAGUCACAUGCAAAAACGGAAUUCAGUCUCCUCAGGAAUUGCUCGACCAUCAGGUCAGCAACCUUCUCGAAAGAGGCAUUCGAUUGCAACCAUUCCCAGACCCAUGCCCUUACAGCUUCCUAAAUUUAACCCACGUCAGUCUGGAAAUAUCCUAGGGGUGUCUCACAGGCGAUUUGAUCCUCAUGCCAGUGCCGAAUUUAUCGAUGAGGACGAACUUCGAGCGAAACAAAGAGUUGCCAUUGAACUCCAAAAAUUUGAAAGGAUUCGGCAAAAAAUCGAUCGCUUUAUGACACUGGAUACACCAGAAAACUUAGGUUUAAGAAGAGGAUACACACUUUUUACAUAG